AUGUACGGGAAUGACUGCUCCGAUUACUGGUGUACCGCACAUCAUGAUAAGUGCUUGAGCGAGAUGGCAGCGUAUCUGCAGGAGAUGAUGAACCAAACCAUUUCAGUCAUCACCAACGACGGCAGAAACAUCAUUGGCGUGCUGAAGGGCUUCGAUCAGUGUGUGAACGUGAUUUUAGACGAUAGUUUCGAGCGCGUCUUCUCGCUCAAGGAACCCGUGGAGGCGGUGGAGCUUGGACUUUACAUCGUCCGUGGCGACAACAUGUACGACCCGCUGUACUAG